AUGCCCGGACACUCAGGCGGCGACCGAUUGAUUGUAAAGCUCACAUCCUAUCUCACACCGGAAACCUUCUCAACUGCAAUAGAUCAGUUUACUUCACCUAAUCUAAAGAGGGGACCAAGCUUGCCUAAGAGGAAAGCCGAUGUUGAUGUGCACAUGAUGGAGGCAUUCGGGUCAACGGGUUCUAGCUGUGGAGUUGCACGACAGAGACCAGGAAGAGCGACCAGCGAAAGCAUGUCGAGAGACGGGUUAGAGUCAUUACUGAUUGUUUCAUUCAGUAAUGAUCACCAAAGGGCUUAUGAAGGACGUGCUCCAGCUCAAACAUCGCUCAAUCCUCCACGGCCAUCAGCCCACCGUUGCGCCAGCAGUCCAGUUGUGCAAUCUUACAGACACUACCAUAAUCCUACAAGUACUAUCGCUACACUGCAGCAAGGCAUCAUACAACCACCAAAGUUUCCCGGCUAUCAGUCUUCGGCAUCUACUUCGCCUCCUUUGAUUUCGAGUCUACAACGCAUGCAGGGUGAGAAUGGAUCUAGCCCAAGAAGGCACGUUGUUAUAGAGCCCACUUCGUAUCGGGAACGGAUGGAUGUGCAUGUAAAAUCAAGGGCAAGUGAUCAGACACUCAAGCCAUGCAUCAAAUCAAAAGCAAAGAGUACUCCAACAUCGCCUCCAGGCGAACAGUUGGGUUCGGAAGAUGGAAUACACUCUCUACGCCGAGUCAAGACUGUCGAAUUUGACGAGAAGGGAUCGAAAGAAUCCAUAGAAUCGCUUAACCCCGUAGCAAUGGUUCUUGGUGGCACCACUGAAAAUCCCAAACUGGACCGAACAAAGACAAAAUUUGGGAAAGGUCCUGCUACUAUGUCAUUGUACCCGAUCAGACUCGGUAAAAUGAAAGGUCGCCCAGCCGAUCCAGCAGUCACUCGUACGGAUGUUCACGUCAUUGCCAUUGCACCCUCGGCUAACGCUGCCACCUACUCGAACGAGGAUAGUGUUGAUCCCGUUACACCCACCAUGCAAGUUGUAGAAUCCAAAGCCGGCCGCCAUGAGAUAGUCUGGGAUGAUGUGCCUGAAGAGGACGAUAGCAGGCCUAUGGACCGACGUGGUUCAUCUGCGGGACAGGCUCUUCACAAUGUCAGCUGUCAUGGGAAACGAGGACUGGACAGAGUGAACACCAAGCUUGCUGAUUGGUCUGGUAGCUGGAACAGUCCAUCAAACAGCUUCCAGCCUACGACUGUGGUCUUUCCCGAUGAAGAUACGCAAGCUCCCCAUUACGAGUGGGCGGUUGAAGAUGACGAAGAUUUGACAGUGUUGGCACCUCCAAAUAGCCAAAGAACAAGCGUUGGGCCCUCUCGUCAUCAGUCCCGCCCAGAGAGUGCACCGACGACAAGAGCACCUUCAGAUGACGAAUAUGAGGCAUCUGAUUUGGUACUCGCAAGACCUUGUCCCGUCAGUGUAGACGAUUGGAAGGGGCAUCAACACUCAUCACUCGUUGUGCCUGACCCCAAAGGGCGUGUGAGACAUUCAGCCAGCACAGGCCAAAUGAGGGCGCAAUUACUACCCGCCAUUCACAAGUGGUCCGACAUUGAAGAUGACGACGUUAAAUUUCGUGGCCAUCGCGACUCUGUCACUACUGCGCAUUCCCGCUUGGUCCGCACUGGCGGCGUUUCGCCCGAGCUUUUUGCUCAUGGGGAUUAUGUGUCCAUGGCCAAGAAACGCAUGCAUGCGAGGAAUCACGCCAAGUCUGCAUCAAGAGAUACUCUACGGGAAGAGGUACUGCAGUCUGGUCUGUUGAGCCUGGACGAUGUUGAUGAUGAUGCUUCUAUGGUGUCACUUGAGAUGAUCAAGGAGCGUGCUCUGCCGGCGUUACAAAAGAGGAGUGCGGCGUCGAUGCUUGGUACGCAUAGGGAGUCUCCUUCUCGGCGUCAUAUUAGACUCUUGGGUUGA